AAAAUGACAAGGAUUUUGACAGCUUGCAAAGUGGUGAAGACACUGAAGACUGGUUUUGGCUUUGCCAAUUUGACUGCGCAGCGACAAUGGAAAAUUUCCAGACCCAGUUUCAGGCUCCUUUCUGUCAAGGCACAGACAGCACACAUUGUCCUGGAAGAUGGAACAAAGAUGAAAGGUUACUCCUUUGGCCAUCCAUCCUCAGUUUCUGGCGAAGUGGUUUUUAAUACUGGCCUAGGAGGGUACCCUGAAGCCCUUACUGAUCCAGCCUACAAGGGACAGAUUCUCACGAUGGCCAACCCUAUUAUUGGGAAUGGUGGCGCCCCGAACACCACUGCCCUGGAUGAACUGGGACUUAGCAAAUACAUGGAAUCUGAUGGAAUCAAGGUGUCAGGUCUGCUGGUGCUGAAUUACAGUAAUGACUACAACCACUGGCUGGCUACCAAGAGUCUGGGGCAAUGGCUGCAGGAAGAGAAGGUUCCUGCAAUUUAUGGAGUUGAUACAAGAAUGCUUAGUAAAAUUAUUCGGGAUAAGGGUACCAUGCUUGAGAUUGAAUUUGAAGGUCAGUCUGUGGAUUUUGUGGAUCCAAAUAAGCAGAAUUUGAUUGCUGAGGUUUCAACUAAGGACGUCAAGGUGUAUGGCAAAGGAAACCCCACAAAAGUGGUGGCUGUAGACUGUGGGAUAAAAAACAAUGUCAUCCGCUUACUAGUGAAGCGAGGAGCUGAAGUACAUUUGGUUCCCUGGAAUCAUGAUUUUACCCAGAUGGAGUAUGAUGGACUUUUGAUUGCUGGAGGACCUGGAAACCCAGCUCUUGCACAACCACUGAUUCAGAAUGUCAAAAAGAUUUUGGAGAGUGAUCGCGAAGAGCCAUUGUUUGGAAUCAGCACGGGAAAUCUAAUAACAGGAUUAGCUGCUGGUGCCACAUCUUACAAGAUGUCCAUGGCCAACCGAGGACAGAAUCAGCCUGUUUUGAAUGUCACCAACAGACAGGCUUUCAUUACUGCUCAGAAUCAUGGAUAUGCUUUGGACAAUGCCCUCCCUCCUGGCUGGAAACCACUUUUUGUGAACAUCAACGAUCAAACAAAUGAGGGGAUUAUGCAUGAGAGCAAACCCUUCUUCGCUGUACAGUUCCAUCCAGAGGUCAGUCCAGGGCCAACAGACACUGAGUACCUAUUUGAUUCAUUUUUCUCACUGAUAAAGAAAGGAAAAGGAACCACCAUUACAUCAGUUCUGCCAAAGCCAGCACUGGUUGCCUCUCGAGUUGAGGUUUCCAAAGUCCUUAUCCUAGGGUCUGGAGGUCUGUCCAUUGGUCAGGCAGGUGAAUUUGAUUACUCAGGAUCUCAAGCUGUGAAAGCUAUGAAGGAAGAAAAUGUCAAAACUGUCCUGAUGAACCCAAACAUUGCAUCAGUCCAGACCAAUGAGGUGGGCUUGAAGCAAGCAGACACUGUCUACUUUCUUCCCAUUACCCCUCAGUUUGUCACAGAGGUCAUCAAGGCAGAACGGCCUGAUGGGUUAAUUCUAGGCAUGGGUGGCCAGACAGCACUGAACUGUGGAGUGGAAUUAUUCAAGAGAGGUGUGCUCAAGGAAUAUGGGGUGAAAGUCCUGGGAACUUCUGUUGAGUCCAUUAUGGCCACCGAGGACAGGCAGCUAUUCUCAGACAAACUCAAUGAGAUCAAUGAAAAGAUUGCUCCGAGUUUUGCAGUUGAAUCAAUUGAGGAUGCCCUGAAGGCGGCAGACAGCAUUGGCUACCCUGUGAUGAUCCGUUCAGCUUAUGCUCUGGGUGGAUUAGGCUCAGGCAUCUGUCCCAAUAGGGAGACCUUAAUAGACCUUGGCACAAAGGCCUUUGCUAUGACCAACCAGAUUCUGGUGGAGAGGUCAGUGACAGGUUGGAAAGAAAUAGAAUAUGAAGUUGUCCGAGAUGCUGAUGACAAUUGUGUUACUGUCUGCAACAUGGAAAAUGUUGAUGCCAUGGGUGUUCAUACAGGUGAUUCAGUUGUUGUGGCCCCUGCCCAGACACUCUCCAACGCAGAGUUUCAGUUGUUGAGACGCACUUCAAUCAAUGUUGUCCGCCACUUGGGCAUUGUGGGUGAAUGCAACAUUCAGUUUGCCCUUCAUCCUACCUCAAUGGAAUAUUGCAUCAUUGAAGUGAAUGCCAGACUCUCCCGCAGCUCUGCCUUGGCCUCAAAGGCCACUGGAUACCCAUUGGCAUUCAUUGCAGCAAAGAUUGCCCUAGGAAUUCCACUUCCAGAAAUCAAGAAUGUUGUAUCCGGGAAGACAUCAGCCUGCUUUGAACCUAGCCUGGACUACAUGGUAACCAAGAUUCCUCGCUGGGAUCUUGAUCGUUUUCAUGGAACAUCGAGCCGAAUUGGAAGCUCAAUGAAAAGUGUAGGAGAGGUCAUGGCUAUUGGUCGCACCUUUGAGGAGAGUUUCCAGAAGGCUUUACGGAUGUGCCACCCAUCUGUAGAUGGUUUCACUCCCCGACUCCCAAUGAACAAGGAAUGGCCAUCAAACCUGGAUCUCAGUAAAGAGCUAUCUGAUCCCUCCAGCACUCGCAUCUAUGCCAUUGCCAAGGCCUUGGAAGACAACAUGUCCCUUGAUGAGAUUGUGAAACUCACAUCCAUUGACAAAUGGUUUUUAUAUAAGAUGCGUGACAUUCUAAACAUGGAGAAGACAUUGCAAGGGCUCAACAGUGACUCCAUUACAGAAGAAACUCUGAGACAGGCAAAAGAAAUUGGGUUCUCAGACAAGCAGAUUUCAAAAUGCCUGGGACUGACGGAGGCCCAGACAAGGGAGCUGAGGUUAAAGAAAAACAUCCACCCUUGGGUUAAACAGAUCGAUACACUGGCUGCAGAAUACCCAUCAGUAACAAACUACCUGUAUGUUACCUACAAUGGUCGGGAACAUGAUAUCAAGUUUGAUGAACAUGGAAUGAUGGUGCUAGGCUGUGGACCAUAUCACAUUGGCAGCAGUGUGGAAUUUGAUUGGUGUGCGGUCUCCAGUAUCCGCACACUACGUCAACUUGGCAAGAAGACUGUGGUGGUGAAUUGCAACCCUGAGACUGUGAGCACUGACUUUGAUGAGUGUGACAAACUCUACUUUGAAGAGUUGUCAUUGGAGAGAAUCCUAGAUAUCUACCAUCAGGAGGCAUGUAGUGGCUGCAUCAUAUCAGUUGGGGGCCAGAUUCCAAACAAUCUGGCCGUCCCUCUAUACAAGAAUGGCGUCAAGAUCAUGGGCACGAGCCCUCUGCAGAUAGACAGGGCUGAGGAUCGCUCAAUUUUCUCAGCUGUCUUAGAUGAGCUGAAGGUGGCUCAGGCACCAUGGAAAGCUGUUAAUACUUUGAAUGAAGCGCUGGAAUUUGCAAAGUCUGUGGGCUACCCCUGUUUGUUGAGACCUUCCUAUGUUUUAAGUGGGUCUGCCAUGAAUGUGGUAUUCUCUGAGGAUGAGAUGAAAAGAUUCUUGGAGGAGGCCACUAGAGUCUCUCAGGAGCAUCCAGUGGUGUUGACAAAAUUUGUUGAGGGGGCCCGGGAAGUAGAAAUGGAUGCUGUCGGCAAAGAUGGAAGGGUCAUCUCCCAUGCUAUCUCUGAACAUGUUGAAGAUGCAGGCGUCCACUCAGGAGAUGCCACUCUGAUGCUGCCUACACAAACCAUCAGCCAAGGAGCCAUUGAAAAGGUGAAAGAGGCUACCCGAAAGAUUGCAAAGGCUUUUGCCAUCUCUGGCCCAUUCAAUGUCCAAUUUCUUGUCAAAGGAAAUGAUGUUUUGGUAAUUGAGUGCAACCUGAGAGCUUCUCGAUCCUUCCCUUUUGUUUCCAAGACCCUUGGAGUAGACUUCAUUGACGUGGCCACAAAGGUGAUGAUUGGAGAGAACAUUGACGAGGAACAUCUUCCAACAUUGGAACGUCCCAUAAUUCCUGUUGAUUAUGUUGCAAUUAAGGCUCCAAUGUUUUCCUGGCCCCGGCUGAGGGAUGCUGAUCCCAUUCUGAGAUGUGAGAUGGCCUCUACAGGAGAGGUGGCUUGCUUCGGUGAAGGUAUUCAUUCAGCCUUCCUAAAGGCCAUGCUUUCAACAGGAUUUAAGUUACCACAGAAGGGCAUCUUGAUUGGAAUACAGCAAUCAUUCCGUCCAAGAUUCCUUGGUGUUGCUGAGCAAUUACACAAUGAAGGCUUCAAGCUUUUUGCCACAGAAGCCACAUCAGAUUGGCUCAAUGCCAAUAAUGUCCCUGCUACCCCAGUGGCAUGGCCAUCUCAGGAAGGACAGAAUCCCAGCCUUUCUUCCAUCAGAAAAUUGAUAAGAGAUGGCAACAUUGACCUAGUGAUUAACCUCCCCAACAACAACACUAAAUUUGUCCAUGAUAAUUAUGUGAUUCGGAGGACAGCUGUUGACAGUGGAAUUGCUCUCCUCACCAAUUUUCAGGUGACCAAACUUUUUGCUGAAGCUGUGCAGAAAUCUCACAGUGUAGACUCCAAGAGUCUUUUCCACUACAGGCAGUACAGUGGUGGCAAAGCAGCAUAGAGAAGCAGACACCCCAGUCUCAUCUUCAGAUCAACCUGAGCCAUGUCUUAUCUGAAGAAACUGAUCCCCAGCUU